AUGGUCGUCAGUGACGUAGUUAUUGUCAUCAUCAGGUCUGAGAUUCGUAAGAUGCUUGAGGUCGUGGUUCAUGAUCCUGGAGAGAUAGGGAGUGUGCUUGAGGUAGAAGUUCAGGAACAGUUGAACUUGGUUUCGAUUGACUGGGUGUAG